ACGCUGCGUAACAACAGCACCACGCACGCGUUCCACGCCGCCUUCGCUUGGAGUAACCUACCCCACUCCUCCCCCACCGUGUCACGUGCCUUCCGAAUUCUGAACCCAAAAGCACGUGCCUUACCAUUGCUUUCACUUAAUAUAACUGCGUUUGGCUCUUGAAUCCCAUUCUCCACGAAACAAAAAUUUCACACAGCAAAAACAACCACAGACCGAAGUCCUCGUACUACUUUUCAGAGACAAGAAAAGCAACAUUCACACAUCCAACAGCUGGCAUGUUGCCACGUGUUUUUCUCUUUUUUACUUUUUCAAUUUUCACCACCAGACCAGACGCUGUAAAAUAAAAAUGGAAAGAAAACCCCAACACUUGCAACGUGAGACAAAGGCAACAACACGCGAACGUUGAAAAUCAAACAAGCCAAUGAGAGGAAUAUAAAAGAGAGAUCAAAGCGAAAAAAGCAGCAUAUUCUUCUUCAAAAGUAUUUCUAGAAGAGCGUUUGCGUUUGGUCUUUUGACGCAGCCACCACCACCCCACCACUGUUCAUUCCAUCUUCCAACUCUUUUUUCUCUUUCUGGUUUGGAUUUUGAAGAAGCCAUAUCCCUCCGUCGCCAAACAUGCCUUCCAGUCACUUGCUUCUCGAGGAACCCAUUAGGAUGGCCUCAAUCCUUGAGCCAUCCAAGCCUAGCUUUUUUCCUGCAAUGACAAAGAUUGUUGGUACGCUGGGUCCUAAAUCUAGAUCCGUUGAAACUAUUUCUGGUUGUCUAAAGGCUGGCAUGUCUGUGGCUCGAUUUGACUUUUCGUGGUGUGACCCUGAGUACCACCAAGAGACUUUGGAGAAUUUGAAGAUUGCUAUCAAGAGCACUAAGAAACUCUGUGCUGUUAUGCUGGACACGGUGGGUGCAGAGAUGCAGGUUGUUAACAAAAGUGAGAAAUCAAUCUCACUUCAGGAAAAUGGUCAGGUUGUUCUAACUCCUGAACAAGAAAAAGAAGCCUCUUCAGAGAUAUUGCCUAUCAAUUUUGAUGGACUGGCCCAGGCAGUCAAGAAGGGAGAUACUAUUUUUGUUGGUCAAUACUUGUUCACAGGAAGUGAAACUACUUCUGUAUGGCUAGAGGUAUCUGAAGUCAAAGGGAAUGAUGUUGUUUGUAUUAUAAAGAAUUCAGCUACAUUGGCUGGGUCAUUAUUCACUUUGCAUGCCUCUCAAAUUCAUAUUGAUCUGCCUACCCUCACUGAGAAAGACAAGGAGGUUAUAAGCACGUGGGGAGUUAAAAACAAAAUUGAUUUUCUGUCAUUGUCAUAUACUAGGCAUGCUGAAGAUGUUCGGCAGGCUCGUGAAUUCCUUUCAAAGUUAGGUGAUAUCAGCCAGACUCAGAUUUUUGCAAAGAUUGAAAAUGUCGAGGGAUUGACCCAUUUUGAUGAGAUUCUACAAGAAGCUGAUGGUAUUAUCCUUUCCCGUGGGAAUUUGGGCAUUGAUCUUCCACCAGAGAAGGUUUUUUUGUUUCAAAAAUCUGCUCUUUACAAGUGUAAUAUGGCUGGGAAACCUGCUGUGCUUACACGUGUUGUGGAUAGCAUGACUGACAACUUACGACCAACUCGAGCUGAAGCCACUGAUGUUGCCAAUGCUGUUUUGGAUGGAAGUGAUGCCAUACUCCUGGGUGCUGAGACUUUACGUGGGUUGUACCCUGUUGAGACUAUUUCUACUGUUGGCAGAAUUUGUUCAGAGGCUGAGAAAGUUUUCAAUCAAGACCUUUAUUUUAAGAAGACAGUCAAGUAUGUUGGAGAACCCAUGAGCCACUUGGAAUCUAUUGCAUCCUCUGCGGUACGAGCUGCGAUUAAGGUGAAGGCUUCUAUUAUAAUUUGCUUCACAUCAUCUGGAAGGGCUGCAAGAUUGAUUGCAAAGUAUAGGCCGACAAUGCCAGUUCUCUCUGUGGUGAUUCCCCGACUUAAGACAAAUCAGCUAAAGUGGAGCUUUAGUGGAGCUUUUGAGGCAAGACAAUCACUUAUUGUGAGAGGUCUCUUUCCUAUGCUUGCUGAUCCUCGACAUCCUGCUGAGUCAACAAGUGCAACAAAUGAGUCUAUACUUAAGGUUGCCCUUGAUCAUGGAAAAGCAUUGGGAGUUAUAAAAUCACAUGACAGGGUAGUUGUUUGCCAGAAGCUUGGUGAUGCAUCCGUGGUUAAGAUUAUUGAGCUUGAAGAUUAAAGUUCAUUCAUCCAACUACAGUUGUAGUUUUUUUUUUUUAAAUCUUCCCCAGUUUUUCAAAGUUAAGACGUCAUUCUGCCACAGGUUGAGGUUAUCUCCACUUGGUUUUAGUAAAACGAAUUUUGAUGCAAAUUAUUACUGGCUAUCAAAACAUAAAAUCAAGGGAAUGCUGCCCUUGAUGCCAAAUUUUUGAGUUUAAUAUUCAUACGAGAACACAGUUCGAAAAUGUGAUUAUUGGAUACAACUGUCAAACUAAUUAUGCUAAUAUUUUAUUGACAUUCUUUGUGAUCAUGAACAUGUACUUGUGUAAUGAUGAAUGCAGUGUGAACCCAAAUGAUUUACUUU